AUGACCCAUAAGCUCCUCCAGACGAACCUCAAUCACGCCAGGGCUGCUCAGGAUAUCCUGAUGCAGUGCCUGGCGGAGAGAGGAGGAGGGCUGGCUAUCGCUGCCGACCCAUAUAGGAUUCCCGACGAUCACCCUCAUUGGGCCGAGGAUACCUUGGGCAGGGUAGCGAUAGUCAGCCAGCACGCACGCGACGCCCCGCCGAUGCUCCCGGUGGAGUCAGGCGAGGGCUUCUUCCUGGUCGAGUGGGGACCCAUCGACGUCCUCGGGGUUUACUUCCCCCCGAGUCUCAGUCGGGGGGAGUACGAGGCGGCCCUGGAGCGGGCGGGAGAAGCCAUUUUCAGGCGCUCUCCCAGGCCAAUCAUUGUGGGAGGAGAUUUCAACGCCCAUGCAGUCGCGUGGGGGUCCCCGACCACGAACUUCAGAGGUCGUCUCACCCUAGAGUGGGCGGCGGGACUCGACCUCGCGUUGCUAAAUCGAGGUCGGGUCAGCACCUUCGUGGGUGGCCGCGGUGAAUCCAUCGUGGAUCUCACUUGGGCCUCUCCAGGCGCCCUCGAUAGGGUCAGUGCCUGGAGAGUGGAGGCCGCUCCCCUCGGGGAGCUAACGGAUCACAGACUGAUCGAGAUGGAGGUGGCCUCCACACCCGCGGAGAUGCGAGCGGGAACCCGCCGCCAAAGGGCGGAGAGGAGAUGGGUCCUCAGAAAACUCGACCAGGACGCCGUCGAGGUCAGCCUCACCGCUUCAACAUGGGCUGACCGGGGGCAAGAUGGCGGGGCCGAUACAGAAGCCGAGUGGCUCUGCGACGCCAUGUCGCGUGCGUGCGAUGCCUCCAUGCCCCGCAGCCGCCCAAGGGCGCAGCGCGCUACCUACUGGUGGUCCGAGGAGCUCGCCCAGCUAAGGCGGGCGACGGUGACCACCUGGAGGGCAUUUACGCGCGCCCAGCGCCGGGGCGGGGAGGCAGAAAUAGAAGAAACGAGGGCGGCCCUCAAAGACGCCAGGAAGGCGUUGAGGGUCGCUAUUCGCUAG